AUGACCGGGGUCCUACCUACUGUCGCUGAGUUGGAGUAUGAGUCGGACGCUGAAUCACCACAUACACGCGGAUAUAGCGGGUUCAGCGCGCGGGAUACGUACUCGGCCGAGCGUAAAAGCAUAACAGCAGCUGCGGCGAUCGUCCCAUACAUAAACAACAAGCAGAUGCUCAAUGGCACUGGUGGAAGCUCCGGCGAGAGCUUAGGUGCUUCCGGCGGGAGAACGCAAAGUGGGCCCGUAGCAGCGGGCGUCCCACAAACGACCGUCUUUCAUGGUGGCGUUCAAGAACCUUCCGGCUCCUCGUCUAUGCUGUCGUUGGCGUCCACCCGCGUUGUAGGCCAGGCCGACCGAACGUUAUCAACGUCGGAGCGGGUGCACGAUUAUCGCAUCGACUGGACUGGACUCUGCGAGAUGGAUCUCACCCGCGACGCGUGCGCGAUGCCAUUCGCGCUUCAUUACCUCGGAGCGGGAUGA